AUGAUAAGAAUAUUUUUUUAUUUUUACGAAUAAAAUAUUAUUAUGACAAUAUCCAAACGAUUGCAUCAUUAAAAAACUAAUACUUUGUAGAUAUGAAGACAUCAGCCAAAUAGGCGACCAAUUAACGGAUGGCCCAGGUGUAGGACUUCUUUACAGCGAAUAUCUAAGACUCGAUAAAAUUCUCUCAGCGCAACGACUUCUUAGUGCAGAAUACAAAAAAGAAGUUCACGAUGAGCACCUUUUUAUCGUAACUCACCAAGCCUACGAGCUUUGGUUCAAGCAAAUAAUCUACGAGCUCGACUCUGUUCGGAGACUGUUCAAUUCAGAAGCCGAAAAUGACAAUUCUUAUGAUAAUAAUAAGAAAUUAUCGGAAUAUUUGCGCUUAGAUGAGACGCAAACAUUAGAAAUCCUCAAAAGGCUGAACCGCAUUGUCCUUAUACUCAAACUUUUAGUGGAUCAAGUGACUAUCCUAGAGACUAUGACACCGCUGGACUUUAUGGAUUUUCGUGAUUACUUAUCACCAGCAUCCGGCUUUCAGUCACUACAAUUUCGCCUGUUGGAAAACAAACUUGGAAUUAAACAGGAGCAUCGAGUUAGAUAUAAUCAGAACUAUACUAAAGUUUUCGGGAAUGAUCCUGAGGCUAUUGAGGCAAUUAAAAAAUCUGAGUGCGAACCAAGUUUGAGCCAGUUGGUUCAAGAGUGGCUUUCACGUACACCUGGACUUGAGGAAAAUGAUUAUAACUUUUGGGGAAAGUAUCAGACCGCUGUCGAGCAGAUGCUUGAUGAACAAGAGAUGAUUGCUCAGAAACAAACUAAAGAGAGUGUACGUACUCAUAUGAAAGCAAGUGUUGCUUCAAGAAAAGCUGUCUUUGAAUCAAUAUUCAACCAGUCUCUCCACAACGCUCUGGUAUCACGAGGCGAAAGACGAUUCAGUUAUCGAGCCCUCCAAGGUGCUGUUAUGAUAACACUUUAUCGUGAUGAACCGCGAUUUAGUCAGCCUCAUCAAAUACUUACAGCUCUAAUGGAUAUCGAUUCGUUAAUUACUAAAUGGAGAUAUAACCACGUGCUUAUGGUUCAAAGAAUGAUUGGAUCUCAGCAAUUAGGAACGGGUGGUUCUUCUGGUUACCACUACCUUAAAUCAACUCUCAGUGACAGAUACAAAGUAUUUCUUGAUCUAUUCAAUCUCUCAACGUUUUUGAUACCGCGAAAUCUAAUUCCGCCGCUAACAAAACAGAUGAAAACAAAGCUCUCGAUAGCCUUGGGCUGUUUGGGACUUGAAGACGAAGUAUCUGAUCAGAACGCUUCCGAAAGUUCUGUUGAAGAAUCUCUCUGA